AGGCCCGUGCGUUGCGUUUGUCGUUCACCGGGAGUUGACGAUAGCGCACGAAGUCGCGCGUUUCAAGCAACGAAGGACGCGCGCGCGGCGACCGAUUAAUCUCGUCCUUUCGGUAAACUUGUCACCGGCGCUGACGUCGCGAAUAUCGCGAAUGGUUCGACCGCGACCACGGUCGUCGUCAUGGAACAUUCUUUUGGUCGAUGAAUGGUGUACGAUGACAUUUUUGGCCCGUGGGGCCGAAUCAUCAUCAUCGUCGCGGCGGCGCUGACCAUCGUCGUCGCCUUGCUCGUGAUCGCGUGCUUUCUCACGCCAGGAUGCCUUGGAUACGAGUGCGUCAGAAAACGAAAGAGGGACACGAAUAGUCUGCCGUUGCGUGUCAAGAGCAGAGAAAAUGAAAACGCGAAGUUGAACGAUGUCAGCUACAGGUCAUGGAGGUUGGGUAGCCUCUACGAAGAGAGCACCAAUGGUACGGUCAACGAGAACGUGACCACGAACCAAGGAGCUUCCUGGAACUCCAACAAUGCUCAGUUCGAGUACACCAAUACCUCGUCCACCCUGAACUUGGUGCAAAAAAGUAAGCAAAAACCAGACAAGAAACAAAAGGAAUUCCCGACGGAAUUGACGUUGAGCUUGCAGUACCUGCCGCCGUACGAGGAGGCUGUCACCGGGAAGCUCGUCGUCGGCAUCGAGGCAUUGUCCGGUCUUCCUCCAAAGCAAUACAACUGCACGUUGGAGCCGUACGUGGCUCUGAACAUUAUGAAGCAAUCGUGGAGCCACAGGAAACGGCAAAAGUUGCACAGUUUUCGAACGAGAGGCGUGAGGCAUUCGGCCAGCCCGAUUUUCAAAGAGACUUUUGUCGUGGCGAACGUAAAGCCACACGAAGUUAAGGAGUGGAUCCUCGACUUCGCGACGCACGAUCACGACAGGUACGCCAACGACACGGAAUUGUGCAGUUUGAAGGUGUCGAUCAGGGAGGUGAAGCAUAUCCUGCAGAGCCCGGAGAUCCACAUGUUCAAUUUCAAAAUGAAGCCGUCCAAUUUGGAGUAUGGAAACAUUUUGUUAGGCGUGAGUUACUUACCCACAGCUCAGAGACUGACUAUAAACGUUAUGAAAUUGCGCGACGUCAAGAUUACGCCAACGUUGUCGAGCGCGAAAGAUUUCAAUCCUUAUGUCAGGGUAUUGAUGCUGAACGCGAGGACGGGUCAAAGGAUAAAGAAGAAGAAAACGAAAUUCGUUCGCGCGAAUCCGCAGCCGGAAUUCAAUGAAACGUUAACGUUCGAUGUGUCUUAUCACCAACUCGAGAUCGUGCAAUUUCUCGUGGUGCUGUGCAGCAAGAGUCUGCCCGGCGAAGCUCCUACGGGCAACGGGGAUCAUCCGAGCGACAGCGAAGACUCGGUCACGUCGACCUAUAGAUCGAAAGACGUUCCCAUUGGUAAAGUCGCUCUCGGUAAAGGAGUCAGAGGCUCGACGGAGAGGCUGCACUGGUUCUCCGUGCUUCAGAACCCUAGAAAACUCGUCACUGUAUGGCACGUAUUGAAAUAACGACCGAUAGUUCUCUUCAACUAGUAAUCGAAACUUUAGUGUGAUUUAAAUUAUACGAAAAGCACGAUAACAGGGAUCGGAGUUGCCGACGAUACGAUAAAACUUUUAAACAAGUUUAUCGUUCAUCGUUUCUUGAAAUUCCAAGGUCGUCUUUCUUUCCUUCGCGUCGAAAUAUAUGUAUAUUACACCGUCGAGCGUGCAACAUUCUAACCUUGAAACCGAAUUACCAGGAUACGCGGAGUCUUGUUAGCGUUGCUUGAAAAUUACGUUUCCGAACGGUACAAAAUUAAGUUUACAGCCAUAAUUAUAGCAAUAAAACAUAGCGGCGAAGGUACCAUGGACGCGUACGCAGGUACAACCUUGUCCUUUAAAAAGGGACCAAAAGGUGCAAAGGUAGCGGUCGUUCGUCCUAUGCAAAGGAAUAUGAAUUUUAGGUACAGAUUUUCUUCGGGGAUUUUCGAGUAAUAACGUUAGGUAUACUGUAAUUUAAUGUCAGCACAUACAACCAGAACCAAAGAUGGUAUAUCUUAUAAAUAUUUAUAUAAUUUCGUUAAUGUAUAAAAUGUUAUUUAAAGCGUAAUAAAAUAAACAGA